UUAUAUAUUUCUGUCACAUGAAUUAUUUUGACAAUUUCACUAUAAUUGUCAUUUUUAUUAAAACUUUUUAAACGAAUAUCCACUGUUUAUUGUAUAAAUAUUUAAAAAUGGCUGACGAAGAUGUAGAAAUAGUUAAAAAUUUACCUGUAAAAUUUGUAUCAGUUUCAAAACCAUCACCAGCCAUUAUAAAAAUGAUGGAAAAAAGAAGAGAAGCUCACGAAACCCUGAUUCUAAACAUGAAAGAAGAUAUAAUAAAAAUAAACGAAAAUAUCGAUGAGGAGAUAAAAAGCAAGUCAGAGGAAAUGAAAAAACAUUUAAUCGAUAUCAAGCAUCAUGUUAAAAAGUAUUUCAUCGACGUCAAGUUUAAAUUAAAGAAUUUAGAAAUAGAAGAUGAUUAUUACAAAAAAGCGAAAAAGAUUUUAAUGAAAUUCAAUCAAAAAGAAUUGGAAGUGGUGAAUGAUUUCUGUUUCUUCUUGCAUAACGUGGAAGAAUCGAGAUUAAAGAAAUUUAAAGAACUGUUGAAAGACUACAAAUGGAAAGCUGUUCAAAUUGCUCACGAGCUGCCUUUUAUGUUGGACGAAUGUUUCGAAAAACAGAUCAUGGAAAUCAACAAAAUCACUUUGAGCAACUGCCAACAUUACGGUGAAAUCGAGAAAGAGCUAAAAUUGCAAAACGAAUACGAUUUAAAAUUGUGGUUCGAAGAAUUGUUAGAAAUAAAAGAGAUGAUCAAAAAUGAAUUGAAAUCGCUUGUUAGGAGAUAUACUUUAUUCGAUGACUUGACCGAAGCGGAUCCGAAAGCUAGUGAGCUAGUUAUCGAAGUAAGACGUUUUAAUUCGUUAAAAUCGUAUUUUCAAUACCAAGUGUUUUCGGCGGAAGACGACGAAACGUCGGUGACGUCACUGGAAUUCGAAAAAUGGUUGAAAGGAGUUCAAAAAUGGUUAGGGGCCUUAGAUAAGUCAGCUAAAAAUAUCGUCCAGCUAUACAAAUCCGCGAUCACUGUGCUUUUCCACAGAUAUUUGGGAGAAUUGACCGAAAUCAAGAAUAACAUAGGCACCGGGGUGGUUCAUACCAACGAAGUGGACCCGUAUAAUUGCGAAAUGUACACACCGACUGUGGACCAGUUGAACAUUCAGCAUUUAAACGAUCUUUCUAACUUACAGGAGUAUUGGGGACUUGCAAUACAAGAAAUGACGGAUAACAUAAACACAACUUUCUCGUUUUUGAAAGGAGCUACAGGUUUGUGGGACCGCCAUUUUGUGCGAAUUAAAGAAUUACAGAUUCUCGUUUUAAGAGAUUUAGAAAAUACUAUUAAACAGAACGGAUCAUCGUCGGAUUGUCACGAAGCCAAUUUGAACAUAGUUUUGGAAGAACUGAGGCAAGGGUGUAACAUAAGAGAACUAGACAAGUCUUUGGAAAAUGUGAAAAAAAUUUUAGACAAAAUGGAAGAAACAUACAUCUGGGACGCCAAAUGUGAGAUACAAGUAGUCACCAAAUACAAGACGAUGAUGGAGACAGGAAUCGAGGUCCUGAUAUCAGAACUCAAACGAUUCCUAACGGUUCAUCCUCCGGAUUAUGAAAAAGAUCCUAAGAAACAAAGAAGAAGAGCUAGCCAAAUUAGUAUGCGUGAACAGGAACAGGGACUUCCUCUUCAAAUUUUAUAUUGCGUGUUUCAAGUUGGAGCCGUCAAAAAUUGGAUGUUUGGAUUAUGGGAAGCGAUCGAUCAAUACAUAAAUGCCUGCAAGCAGGAAAUAAUAGCCCAAGUGGAUACUUGGAUAGAGGGGCAAACUGAAAAAAUUCAAGAGAGAUUAAAAAUGAAAUUGAUGUUCAGCCAUCCCAGAUACCAGCAAGUCAAAUGCGCAAAUUACGAUAAGAGAUUAAAGGAAUUGAAACUGCACUCGGAUAUGUUGCAACAUCACAUAAAUGCAGUCGAAAAACAGAUUACUGAAUUUAAGCAACAUCAUACGGUCUACGAAGAAAAGUGCGAAGAACUGUGCAACACUUACAACGAAGAAUGCAACGCCAUCUUGGAAAAUUUACCGAAAACCAAUAAUGCAUUCGAGGCGAGAUGUUUCUAUGCCACUAUAAAAGAAAAAUUGGUGCCGAUACAGGACAAAAUUAAAUCCAUGACAGAUGAUUAUAUCGAAUCCAGUCAACGAUUUUUGGAAGAACUGAAGUUGUACAAUUAUCAUUUUUUGAGUAGUGUAAGAUUAUUCAACGAAGGUGGGAACUUCAAUAUGGAAGAAAUAAACGAUUUGUACAAGGAACUGCAUAAAUUAGAGGAGGGUAUAGAAAAAGAUAUCCAAAAUCAUAUUAAAGAAAUGGAUACGAAAUUUUGGAGAUACGCUUCUAGGGUUCAGUCGAUAGAAACAAAUUUGCAAGCAAACCUGACCAAAGUAAUAAACGAACACGGACACAACGAAAAACUAGCCAGAAAAAUGAACAAACUACAAAAGGACCUCAAAGAUCACGUGGUAGAGUUGAAAAAAUCGUUCUGUAACAUCGAGAAAAAAUUGCAACGGUUGAACAACGAAGCCUCGCACAAUCUUGGCGAUAAGAAAUAUUUGGACGAUUUCGUUCCGCAGUUUCAGAGUUUUCUAAAAGAAGUCGUAGAUGUUUAUAAUUACAUGUCCCAUCCCGAACCUGUGGAGAUAAAUCUGGCACCCAACAAUAAAAGUUUAACUCGCACACAAUCAACAAAAAAAGUCGAUUACCUAGAACAAGUCUUUAAAAAGCUUCCGGACCCAGAUGGUACUGAUUUUAUUACGAAAAUGCUUCAGUUACUGCGCAAUUCGCUUGUAGAUGUCAUGACUAACGCACAGGAAUUCUACACAAACCCCAAAACCCAUGGCCAUCUGCUUGAUUACGAAAAACUCCAACCGACUUACGAAGACUGUUUGGUAGAGGUUUUGGGAAAAUACAAACCCUACUUGAUACAAUGUGAAAUAUGUUGGCUUGAAAAUGCCGUUUAUUUUAUAUCGAUUUUGAACAGUGUCAAAAAUUUUAAAGAGGAAUUCAUCACAGCUUUUGAGACAUCUUUCUAUAAAAAGUGCAUGUUAAAAUUUGAACAAAAUAUCAGGAAUGUUAUGGAUAAAUUAAAGCAGGACGAAAAAGCUUUUACCGAUAACUUAAAACAGAUCUACUACAGAUUGAAGGUGUUAUUUGGACAUCCGAAAAAUAACGAAAUGUUGACUCAAUUACAGCGAGACUACGAUGAGAUUCAUGCAGAUAAUCAGGCAAAAUUUAGAAAAAUAUUAACUCCGCGUAAGGAAUAUUUAGAUACAGUGACAGAAGAAACAAAGACCGAGAUUGAAAAACUGAGCAACACGCUACCAAUUUUAGCAAGAGAUGAAAUUAUCUAUGAAAUAACAGAACACUUACUGAUUCAAAUUAAAACUAAAAGAUCGCUGCUCAAUACCAUAGUUUCAGAAAUAAAAACUGAUGAAUCUAGUAACAUGCCAUUCAAAGACAGUGUAAUCAAACACAUUUACAACUAUUUUCAAAAUUCAACAAACGAAAUCAAACCUUGUCAAACGCAAACGAAAGCAGCUCCGAGUUUGGUAACGGUGUCUUCAGAACAAGCUUACUCUAGCGCCGAAGAAUUCCUGCACGUUCUAGAGGACACUUUGCACAUGACCAAAACGAAAAUGGAGGAAUUCGUCGAGCAAAAUAUGAUGAAAGCGUUGGAGGAUUUUAAAAAUAUUUGGGAUAGCGAGAUUAGAUAUAUUUUGAGUUUGUAUAAAGUCAAAUAUGAUGAAGAUAUUUUUUGAAAAGUAUAAAUAUUUAAUAAAAAUAGUGUUUCAUCUGUGA